AUGGCCGCCGCCGCCGCGUCGAGGAUUGCCCUCCACCUCCUCCCUCGUCUCCGCCUCCGAUCCUCGUUCCACACCGAAACCCCGGUUCAGCUGGCCAUCAGGACCGCCAUCGAGUCCAACGAUCACCGGCGGAUACCCCUCAUCCUCUCUGCCGGCGGCGGCGGCGGCGGCAGCUCCCCGCCGGAUGAGGACCCCUUUUCCUUCCUCGCCCACCUUCCGCCUCCUCUCACUACCCGCAUCGUCGACGACAUCCUCCAAUCCCUCAUGUCCUUCUGCCGCCCUCGCUCCCUCUCCCACCCGUCGUUCGCCGCCCUCCUCUCCGUCCUCCUUCCUCAACCUCACCCACACCUCCCCGCGGUGAACUUCCCCCUCGCCCUCGCCGUCCUCCAAACGGCCAUCCGCUGUGGGUUCUCCCCGCCGCCCUCCACCCGCCAUUCUCUCUCCCUCUUCUGGGUUCAUCUCCGUCACCCCCACCACGGCCGGAAACCGCCCGCCGUUCGCCUUCUCUUGUCCAUGCGCGGCGUUGGGUACCGACCGGACCUCCUCACGCUGAACUUCCUCGUUUUCUCUCUCUGCUCCUCUUCCGAGGUUGAGGAGGCCGUGGGCGUCCUGCGAGGGAUGGCCGGUGCAGGGUGCGGCCCUGACUGCGACAGCUACUGUGCGGUGAUCGAUGCGUGCUGUGGCUCUGCGGUGGGGGACGUGCCGCGAGCUGUGGCGCUGCUCAGGGAGAUGGUGGCGGGAGAGGGGAUGGUGCCAAGGAAGGGGACGGUGGGGAAGGUGGUGGGGGCGCUGAGGAGAGAAGGCCAGGGGAGGAAGGCGGCGAAGGUGGUGGCGUUCUUGGAUAGUGAAGGGGUCGCUGUGGGGUUCGAGGAGUACGAGGCCGUCGUGGAGGGGUGCCUCGAGUGCAAGGAGUUCGUGACGGCCGGGAAGAUGGUGGUGAAGAUGUCGGAGGUGGGCUUCAUCCCCUACAUUAGGGUCAGGCAUAGGGUGGUGGAAGGGCUGGCGGGAAUCGGCCAGCAGGAACUGGCCGGGACGGUGAGGCAAAGUCUCGCAAAGAUCAGAUCUUGA